AUUGAGCAGGUCAAAGCUGAAAUGAGUAUUGUGCCCUUUCAUCACAAAAGUGCUUCACACUUUGCUAAAGCUUUGCUUCAGUGCAGGAGUAAGCUCAAGAUUCAGGGAGAUCAUUCUUUGGGGCAGACUGCACUGCUUCUUUCUAUCCUUUCUUUUUUUUCAAGCGUGCAGCUGCUGUUUGCUUCAAACGAUGCUUUUGGCUUCCAGGCUUGAAAGUUCAGCUCUUAGUUCCUCAGUGUUCAGUGAACUGUGUGAUCAUCAAGUUUCUUCGUCUACUGACUGUUAUGUUUUGCAUUCAUUAUUUAUUAGUAUGCUGUUCGGGGAUUGUGCCGUAGAAUGUGCUUUGUGCCAUAAUUCAAAUGUAAAAAAAAUAAUUAGUCAAUGAAUAAUCUAAUCAAACAAUAAAACGAAAAAAAAGUGGAAAAUUAUAGUACAGUGCAUGAAUUUGAUCAAACUAAAUAAAGCAGAAAUAACUCAUGGGGUCAACAUAACUUGUUUCAAAAUGGUAAUGUACCAUCAUUACACGUUUGCUGAUGUGUGCCCACUGCAACAAGAAAAAUCACUGCAACAAGAAGUCCAAUAACGGGCUCCGAUGCUGCGGUGAUCCGCCUCUAUCGCUGUCAUCACUAAGCCCGUUCGUGUUACGAUGACAACAACAACGUUUAGCAUUCGAAUGAAGACAAUCUGAAUCUUAAACCCCGCGCACGUCGUUUAUUUGGACUCGGACAGCACGCCCGGAGAUCAGCGCGUGUAUCCAGCGCAUCCCCCGCUUCUCUGCCUCCAGCUCCCGGUGCGCCUCUGCCCGACUGCCGCAGAACGCGGAGCCGCUGCGCUGUCUCCUGCAAGAUGCUACCGCCACAUGCACACUCCGCUUUCCUUCGCGGCAUUUUGUGGAUUGCCGUCCUCAAUCCCGCCGCCGUGCGAUGCCUGAACGGCGAAGAAGAUCAGUCCCAAGAUAUGGAGUGCAAAAUGAAAAGCGUGACAGUAUCAGCUCUGCCGUUUUUGCGCGAGAACGACCUGAGCAUCAUGCACAGCCCGUCGGCCUCCGAGCCCAAGCUGCUCUUCUCCGUCAGGAAUGAUUUUCCCGGCGAGGUCGUCGUGAUAGACGAUUUAGAAAAUACCGAGCUCCCGUACUUCGUGUUGGAGAUCUCUGGGAACUCUGAGGACAUUCCCCUGGUGCGCUGGAAGCAACAGUGGUUAGAAAAUGGCACUCUGCUCUUCCACAUCCACCACCAGGAUGGCAGUCAGAACCUGCCUGGCCCGGCGGCCACAGCUUACCCCGCUAGUGACUCUGCGGAGGAGGAACUACGUAUCCUACACAUCUCUGUCAUGGGAGGCAUGAUCGCUCUGCUGCUGUCCAUCCUGUGUUUGGUAUUGAUCCUGUACACUCGCAGACGCUGGUGUAAACGCCGCCGGGUCCCUCAGCCGCAGAAGAGCGCCAGCGCCGAAGCAGCCAAUGAGAUCCAUUACAUCCCCUCUGUGCUGAUGGGUGGCCAGGCGAGGGAGAGUUUAAGGAAUUCGCGCGGACAGGGCCACAACUCUAGUGGCACCCUCAGCAUCCGCGAGACGCCCAUACUGGACGGGUACGAGUAUGACAUCACGGACCUGCGACACCAUCUGCAGCGCGAGUGUAUGAACGGGGGUGAGGACUUCACCAGUCAGGUGACUCGUACCCUUGACUCGCUUCAAGGGUGCAAUGACAAAGGCGGCAUGGACCUCACCUCAGGAAACGACAGUACAAAACUGUCCCUAAUGAGCAAGUACAAGGAUAACAUCAUAGCCACGAGUCCCAUUGACAGUAAUCACCAGCAAAACACGCUCCUCCCACACAACACCUCCACCAAUCAGCGCAAGCGCCUGUCCAGCAAGACACACGCGGGUUCAACCUUCCUGAACCCGGAUGGAGAUUCUGGGACGGAGGCGGACAGCGAGCCGCAGCUGACCUUCUACACCGACCCAAACCGCAGUCGCCGUCGCAGUCGAGGUAUGAGAAACGGCAACAUCAACACGGCGUGGGUUUCCGGGGGAUCCCCACGUAGCCCCAUCAACAAGACCACUCUGACUCUGAUCAGCGUGGUCAGCUGUGUGAUUGGACUCGUCUGCACGUCUCACCUCUCCUGUAGCCUCAACGUCCGAAUCAUACUACACGUCCCAGAGCACCUUAUUGCAGACGGCUCCAAAUUUGUUCUGCUGCAGGGCAGCCAGCUGGAUGCAUCUGAUUGGCUGAAUCCAGCUCAGGUGCUGCUGUAUUACCAGCAGAAUGCCAGCGGACCGUGGGUCAAUGAUCUGUGUGGUCGCCGUCUCCUGGACCCCUGUGAGCAUCAGUGUGACCCAGAUACAGGAGAAUGUCUCUGUUUUGAUGGCUACAUGAAGGACCCUGUUCACAAGCAUCUGUGUAUUCGCAAUGAAUGGGGCCCAAAUCAAGGUCCAUGGCCCUACACAAUUUUCCAGCGUGGUUUCGAUUUGGUGAUGGGAGAGCAGCCAUCAGAUCGGAUUUUCAGAUUCACAUAUACACUUGGAGAAGGCAUGUGGCUGCCACUUAGCAAAAGCUUUGUCAUUCCUCCUGCUGAGCUGGCCAUCAACCCAUCUGCCAAAUGCAAGACAGAUAUGACAGUCAUGGAAGACGCAGUGGAUGUCAGGGAGGAGCUGAUGAUUUCCUCAUCCUUCGACAGUCUGGAGGUCCUGCUGGACUCUUUUGGGCCCGUGCGAGACUGUUCCAAGGACAACGGAGGCUGCAGCCGAAACUUCCGCUGCAUCUCUGACCGCAAGUUGGAUUCCACUGGCUGCGUGUGUCCUCCGGGUUUGAGCCCAAUGAAGGAUGGCACUGGCUGCUAUGACCAUCACAUUGGCAUUGACUGUUCUGAUGGUUUUAAUGGAGGCUGUGAGCAGCUGUGCCUACAGCAGCUGGCACCUCUGGAGGAGGACCCCACUCUCUACAACAUCCAGAUGUUCUGCGGGUGUAUUGAAGAUUAUAAGCGAGGAGCAGAUGGCCGCUCCUGUCAGCCGCUGUCGGAGGCGUGCACUGAGGGAGUGGACUGUGGGGAUACAGCUGACAUCCCCGCCAACCAGACUGUGUUUGGGGACCUUUUCUACGGCUACAAAAACCACACCAAAGAGAUUACAUCAGGACAGAUCCUUAAAGCCACUUUCAGGCAGAAAAACUUUGCCCGUGGCAUCGAGCAGCAGCUCCCGGAUGGUAUGGUGGUGGCAUCCGUACCGACUGAAGCCCAGUGCCAUGAGGAGCUGUCCGACCCGGUGCCCGAUCCAGAGUAUUUAACCGGUAUGGUAAACUACAGUGAGGUCACUGGCUAUCCCCUGGUUCAGCACUGGAAACUGCGGUCUAUUAUGUACCAUGUGAAGCUUAAUCAAUGGACCCUCUCUCAAGCUUUCAGUUCAGCGGUUCACUCGCUGGAUGGGGCCACGCUGCGAAGUGACUUUGUGUCCAUUUUAAAAGAGUUUGGCAACCAUUUCAUCCAGGAGGCAGUGUAUGGAUUUGAGGAGUCCUGUACCAUAUGGUACCCCAACAAGCAAGUCCAACGCCAGCUGUGGUUGGAGUACCAGGAUAUCAGCAAAGGAAACUCUCCUUCAGACGAGUCAGAGGAGCGAGACAAAGAGCCGCGCACGCUCACUUACCCAGCAUACAUUGCCAGUCUGCUGGACUCGGGUGCCAAGCGCAUGGCGGCGGGGGUGCGUAUGGACUGCAGCAGCCAGGGCCAAUGCCCUCAGUCCUGCCACCUCUGCCACAUGAGCCCUGGGCCUGCACGUCCUGCUGAACCUGUGCUGCUCAACAUCACUAAAGCCAUGCCAAUCUACGAGCUGGUCAACAGCAAUGACACCUACCAGGCUCUACAGGAGGCCAUGAUGAGUGUUUUGUGGUGUUCUGCUAAGGGUGAUGUUAUUGAUGACUGGUGUCGAUGCGACUCUAGCGCCUUUGGCCCGGAUGGACUCCCGACCUGCGCCCCUCUUCCGCAACCUAUGCUCAAGCUAUCGCAUUCAUAUGAGCCCAGCAGUUCUUUGGUUAUCAUAGAUUGGAAUCACGCGGAGCCACCAAUCGGAGUGAGAGUUGUUGAUUACCUCAUCAGUCAGGAGAAGGUGACAGAGCGGAUGGAUCACUCCAAAGUUGAGACAGAGACCAUGUUGAGUUUCGUGGAUGAUAUCAUGUCCGGGGCCAAAUCGCCAUGUGUGAUGCUGGGGGACAUCCCUGAUCCUCUCUCAUCCAUUCCAUUGAUCAUACGCUGCCUGGAGCCGGACACAACAUACAUGUUUCGACUGUGGGCGGUGGACAACACGGGCCGACGUUCCAGUCCCAGUGAGGUCACCAUCAAAACUCCCUGUCCCGCUGUGGAUGAUGUCAAGGCACAAGAAAUAGCAGACAAGAUUUAUAAUCUGUUCAACGGUUACACCAGUGGGAAGGAACAGCAGACGGCAUACAACACGCUGAUGGAUCUGGGCUCACCGACGCUACACAGAGUACUUUACCACUACAACCAGCGCUACGAGAGCUUUGGAGAGUUCACUUGGCGCUGUGAAGAUGAACUGGGGCCCAGAAAAGCAGGCUUGAUCCUGUCCCAGCUGGAUGAACUCAGCGGCUGGUGCCGGGGUCUUCUCCAAGAACCCAAAAUUGGCCUGCGCAGGGCAUCCCUCAAAUAUCUGUCUUGUCGGUAUACAGACACCAAGGCAUUCGGGCUCAACUGGCUGAACCUUGGCCAAGAUUUACGCAAGGCCUGUGAGGAUCAGACGCUCUCUGUUAUGUACAAUGAUUACGGGGAAGCCAAGGAACUCUAAAUGAGAUGAACACCAAGAGGACUUGCGAGGGAUCAGCGGGGGUCGCCCCCAAACACACUCCUUCUGUUUUAGUCUAUAGGGUAUCGCUCUCUAUAGAUUGCCCCAUCAGUGAAUGAUCGGCCAUGCAGUCAAGAAAUUAUUUGUGAAAUGCUUGUUGAGAUGGCGUUGGGUUUGCAUAUAAAAAUGUACAGUGUACAGUGAAGGGAAAGUCAUUUAAAGCGACAGUUAGGACUAGUGGUGUAUUGUGUCAGUUAGUGCGUACACCAGCUUGUAUACAGGUAAGACUUUUUUCACAAAGACUAAAACUAUAUCUUCUUGUGCUGAUAAUGUAUGUCUCUCUGUAGUGCUUAUAGAUACAGAAACUGUUAAAGAGAUGUAGCUACUGUAAAUGUUUAUUAAUAUGACAGUUCCUUAAUGUGCUGAAUGUAGUAUUCAAAGUAAGGAGGAAAAUAGUUGGAGAAGCGUUACAAUAAGGUUGUAUUUGUUAACAUUAGUAAAUGAAUUAGCUAACUUGAACUAACAAUGUGCAAUGUACUGUAGUUCUUCAGCAUUUACAGUAUUAAUCUUUGUUAACCCUCUGGGUUACAGUGUUUUGACCCUAUCAGAAGUUUCGACAUGCUCUGUGCUUUUUUUAGUCGUUUUUAAACACAUUAAAGUUAAUGCCAAUACACUUGUUCAUGUUUGUACAUUGUGCAUUAACGAAUCUAAUUACACUUUGGUUUUAGUAAGGCAUUAGAAAAUUCUGAAAUUAACAUGAACUAACAAUCAGCAACACUUCUACACAAUUUAUUAAAGUCCCAGUGAAAUAAAAAACCAUAAUGCCUAUAUUUUCAUGAAAUAUUGCAGUGUUCAUUCUAAAUAGUUUAUAAAUGUGGGUCAUUCUCUUUUUAAAGUACUUCCUUCCUGUAAUGACUAUCCAUCUUAGAUGACAUAUGUUAAACGGCUUGGGUGGAGCAUCCGUUAACUCCUCCCCCUCAACUGUCAGUCUGCUGCCACUUUAUUUCAAAAUGCGAUGGCUGUUUUUAUUCAUCCAAUGAAAUCGCAGAGAAAGACAAAAGCAACGCCCACUAUGUUUCUCAUUUAAAAUUCCUUUUCACUCGGAAAUGCGUCAAAAUGCGCAACUUCAGGUUAACGGGGACAAUAUCAACAAAUACAACCUUAGUGUAAAGUGUUACCGAAUUGUUUUUAAACCAGUGUUACGAAAAUGAUCAUUUUAGUAAGUUGUGUACAUUUUACCAUGUCUUGCUUCUUUUCAUAUUCUGAAAUAAAAUUGGCCAAAUGAAUUAGAAAUGGUUUUGAACACGCA